CCUUCGAAUCGGGACGACCUCUGACGUAAAGAACCAGGCGACUGCGCCCCUACCCUUUCCACCCUCCACAAGAUGCAGCGCCCAACAUACGGGCAGAGCCCGCCUCUACAUCACCCAGUCCCUCAGCACGUCUCGACCGUCCCCCAACUCAGAUCCCCUCCGCCGCCAGUACCACAAUCCGGGUCGCAGCCAACGUAUAGUAGCAGCCCGUACCAACAACAAGGAGGCGCGUCAGGCAACGUCUUCGGCGCAUACGGCCAGUUUAUGAACGAUCCGACCGCUCAGGUGGCAGCACAGUUUGGGCAGACGGCCUUCAAACAUGGGCAGGAAUACGUGGAGCAAAACUUUAACCGCUACGUCAACGUCAACGCGCUCAAGCACUACUUCAACGUGACAAACACGUACGUCAUCAACAAGCUCUUCCUCGUCCUCUUCCCCUGGCGGCACAAGCCCUGGUCGCGCAAGCAGGCCGUGGGGCCCAACGGCCAGGAGGGAUGGUACUUGCCCCCGCGCGACGACGUCAACAGCCCGGACAUGUACAUCCCCGUCAUGGCCAUCGUCACCUACGUCCUCCUGUCCACCGUCGUGGCCGGCCUGGGAGGCAAGUUCCAGCCCGAGCUCCUCGGCCUCACGGCCACCACGGUGCUGGUGAUCGUGCUGGUGGAGAUCAUGGCGCUCAAGCUCGGGUGUUACCUCCUGGGCAUCUCCAACGAUUCGCAGCUCUACGACCUCAUCGCCUACUCGGGCUACAAGUUCGUCGGCAUUAUUGUUACUGUGGCUGUCGCCGAGCUGGCCAACGGCGGACAGGGCACCGGCGGCUGGGUUGGCUGGUCCGUCUUCUUGUACACGUUCUUAGCCAAUUCGCUCUUCCUGAUGCGGUCCCUGAAAUACGUCCUCCUCCCGGAAAGCGCACACGGAUCUGCCGGACCCAUUCAAACGGGAGACGUGCGAUCGAAGCGCAACCAGAGGACACAGUUCCUGUUCUUCUACUCGUAUGUGGUGCAGCUGCUGUUCAUGUGGAUCUUGACACGGCCUUGAAAACCACCUUUCAGAGCGCCCGCUUGACGGAAAAGGAUGAAAAUUAGAUGGACUAGCAGGCAGCCUGGAGUUGGGUUGCUGAUCUACAGCCAAGACUGGUAUAUGCCAUGACAAGAUGGGAAAGACCCCGUGCAAACUUCUCGGCCAUGAUGAACGAGUACGCUGUUACGCGACUAGCGAAUAGAGAGCACGGCAAUAAGGGGACGGGCGUUGUCAUUGUCAGUCUUCAGUCUGCAGAUGGGCCACGCGCGAAGGGAGACAUUAUCGAGGCGUAAGGAUGGAUAAAGGAGAAGCCGGGGUUUGUAUUGGACGAUGUACGACAAGAGAGCAAGAUGCAUGGCCCGUUGUAUUCUCUCGAAACACCACUGCAUGUAAAAGACGAAUCCAUGUUAGAACUUUCCUUUUGAUGCAGCU